AUGGCACGCAAUGGACGUCGCAAAAAGCGUCGCAUGACACCGCAAGACGAAGAAGUAGCACGUCGCAAUUUUUUGGAUGCUUUGGAAGCACAGCGUUCAAAUUCUCGCAAUCAAAAGGUUAAACAUGCUGUGAAACAUGAAGCUGCGCCACCGCCACUUCAAGGCUUUUACUAUGAUGAAACCAAACGUCGUUUUUUUCGCAAUCUACCAGCAUUUGAACGCCAACAACGUGAAGAAAUCGAGUCUCGACAGCAAAAUUAUGAAUCAACAUUCAAAUCUGCAGUAAAUACUCGACAUAUGAACAGUCACACUUAUGUGGCUUACAUGGCUCGACGACAAGCUGAUUAUGCCUGGAGUGCACGUCGUCAAGAUAGUCGAAAGUUGAUGCCAAGAUUACGUUCUGGAAUUCUGUCAUCACAUGAAGUAUAUGCUCAAGAUCUUAACAAUGAUGGUCGGCUCACAGCACUAGCACUGCACCCAAAAAUGUGGAAUGUUGGUGCUGUUGGUGUUAGCAGUGGAAAGUGGCAAGUUCUUAAGCUGCAAGAAUUUGAACCAAAGUCAUCGUCAAAGCAUGUGAUACCUGUAUGUGACUUUUAUAAUGAGGGUGUAAUUACUUCAUUACAAUGGCGUCCAGCUCAAGAACUUGAUAUUCUUGCAUGCAUCAUUGGGGAUGCUCAACAAUCAGAUAAAAUUGUUUUUAUACGAAUUGGAAAUAAUGCACUUCAGGGAGAUGCAGCAAUGUCAAGUUUACGAAUGAAGAAAACAUGCUUUGACAAUCCUUGGGUAGCAAAAUGGAAUCCGGUCGACACCAGCAAAAUCAGCAUUGGAUAUGGCAAUCAUGCUAGACAUCAAGCAAAGUCAAGAGCUGCUUAUGUGGAUGUUGAUGCUGACAAUAACUACCACCAAUGUGCACCGACUGGACUUAUUACUAGCGACGUACACGCUCAAAGUUUCUUUUCCACGGGUAAUGUGGUACUCAAUGGAACGAAGUGCGGUGGAUUAUGGGGAUGGGACCUACGAACUUCCAGUCGGAUGUUUGAAAUGAAUCAAGAGGAUGCGCUUUAUCAACCUGCUUCCAUCGUCGAUAUCCAUGUACUGAACGACUGUUAUCAAGCAAUUAUCCAGCGAUCAAACGGUGAGCUCCGUUUAUUCGAUCUUCGAACUUUAAGACCCGUAGUCGAGUAUACGACAGGUGCAGCAAAACGCUAUGUGCCAGAUUUGCGCUGUGCUAUCGACGAGUCUGAGUCAAUUGUGGUCGCUGGUGGCGAUAUACGACGACCACUGGCAAUAAAUAGCUUUGAUUUGCGGCAGGGACACUUUUUGUCGUCCUUUCAGGUCUGCAAUAACCCAAGGAUACAGAAACGAUCGACAGCAGUACAACAAGUGCAAUUUAAGCCAAUAGUGGCGAAAGACGUGAUAUGA